UACUAAGUGGACAUUUCCUUCUGUUCUGUUGUUGUGUUUUGUGACAUUAGUUUAUACCAUUGGGAGUGAAAAAAUAUAACAUGUAAUAUUAAAUUAGCUAUGGCUAACUUUUUAUUUUAUACAUUUAUAAUUUUUAGAAUAAACUUAAAACACAUAAUACAUUGUGUGAAUUUUCAUGUUAUGUUACUUUUUGCAGGUUACUUUAUCUCCUCCAUCAAUGAAUACAGUACAGAGUAAUGCAACUGGUAUUAAGAACUUUGAAAGUCUCCUGCAGUCAUAUAACCUCUACUCAAGGAGCAAGCAAGACAUUACCAAGAGAACUACAGAUAAUAUUUCAGCCAAUUAAUACUAUAUAGCCUCAAGCUACCAAAUAGUAACAAACGCUUUCCUACCUCAAAGAAAGAUACAUUUUGUACAGUCAGUAACAAUUUAGAUGCCAAGAAAAUGUCAACAACAAAACUCUCUUUUAAAAUAAACAACCCUAUGACUUCACUGAAAAAUAAAAAUAAAGAUCGAGUUGAAAGACUGGUAGCUAAUAUUGAUAAUAAUCAGAUAUUGAAUGAAAAACCAGUCUAAUAGACUUGAACCACCCAAAAAAGUUUAUGAUUGUGGAAGCGUUGCCAAGUAAAUGUGUUACUACUAUUUUCAGCAGAUACAAAUAAGUCCAUAUCUAACAACUUUUGUAAAGAGUAAUAAUGUAGAGAAUGAAAGUAAUUUCUGCAAAAAAGAAAAUAUCAAAUGAAAAAUGCAUUAAAUAUGAAUAAUUCUAUACAAUUAGACUGUAACUUGGGAUCUUUAUAUGGCAUAAAGAAAUACAUCUCGUCCCUUACUGCAGACCAAAACAGAACACAAGAGUUGUAUCAAGCUCAAACCACUUCACAAAAUGUAACAAGCAAUGUUUCUCCAAAUAAACAAUUAGAAAUCACUUCAGUUUAUAAUGAUCAGAAUAUUUCAAAUAAAAACACAGUCACCAAAACCUAAUUCCCAGCAACCUAAUUCAAAGGUAACUGAAAGUUACCAACUGAAUAUACAACUAAAUCAACAAACAGAAAAACGAUAUGUUUGAAAGUGAAACUUCUGAAAACCACUCCAAAAAUGUGACAGAUUUCACGUCUCCUGUUGAGCUUGAUGAAGCAACAAAGCUGGCAUAUCAAAGGCUGGCUGCAGAGUCCCCAGGCUUUGUGUAUCCCCGGGGUCCAGACAUGUUAGAGAGGCCCAGGCAAGAGAAGUUCAGAUGUCAGCCCCAGUACGUUCUCAGUACUUCUCCAGCACUCCUGCCACAGUCAUGCAAGAUUCUUAUCAACCGACACCUUACUCUCCACCUACUCAUAUCAAUACAAGCAAUGUUCUCUCUCCACCUGCUGGAAAAUUUUGGGUAA